UCCAUUACCCGAGGAAUAGAUGCCUGCCGUACAACGAGCAGAAUUAGACAUGGAACUGGAGCCUGUGCAUCCGAAGUUCUUCAAAAGCAAGAAGCAGCCAAAGAGAGGCAAAGCUAUCGAUAAGAAAAUCAGAUUGGAGGACAAGUCGCUCAAGGAGUGGCAUCAGAAUACAAGAAUUUAUUGCAAAUCGCAAAUGGACUUGCCGCAAGUGCAUCGUCCGCCACCAGCGAUGGAACUCUUCGAUCGACCUUCGCACCAGCCCAAGCGGUGGGCCAGCAAACUGUAUGAUCUGUUUGCUGAUAACGUUAGAGGCCCAUUCACGGCUCCAGACCAAGAGGACGCAGUCAUGUCAAUGCAAGAAAUACGAGCCGCGACGAGCAGGCUGGAUCAUCCUAUGGAGGAAUGGAGUACGCUUGGAAAUGUGCAGGCCACGACUGCUGCCGAUGGUACUGCCAUGGAGAGCAUCUCGAACAUCCCUCCCUCCGAUAUUCAGAUGGCGGAAACGGCAACGGCACGCGACAGUUGUGAGGCAUCAACGGUGCCGUUAGCAGAGGCAGACAUGGCCAUUUCAGAGCAAGAUAUUAACGCCGAGCGUGUGCAAAAUGUCGAGAUGAAAGUAGAUGACGCGGAUGCAAACAGCCUCCCCGAUGUCAAAGUUAUGCUGGAGAAACGAUGGCAUCAAUCGGAAAUAAGAGAUCGCGUCUCGAAAUCUUCCACCCCGAUUGCGGCGGAGUCCGUACCUCUGACAGUUCAGGACGUUCUGGCUAUGUUGGAGGUCUUGUGGCGCGAUCGGGAAGUUGUCAAAUUUAACGACUUCAUCCCAAGAGAUACAUACUCGACAAACGAUGUUGUUCAUGUUUUCAACAUACUUGUUCUACAUGCGAAGAAGAAGCUCGUUCUGCGACAGAGCGCUUGCUACCGUACUCUCUGGAUCAGGAAACUUUAUUUCGACUAAAUUGUAAAACGUAUUAUAUUAAUUGAUUCUCAAAUACUAACGCCGACUUUUUAAAUUAUUAAUUUUUGUCGAAUUCAUUAUAAUUGUUUUUUCUAUUGUAUUCUUUAUUGUUUUGUGGUAUUCUUGGUGAUGGUGUGUAUUCUUUAUUGUUACUAUGGUCGGUAUAAUAUAUUUGUACAAAUACUUAUUUACCUAAAUACUGAAUUAUAACGCAGUAUUGUAUCGCGGCUAGAGUUAAAAUGUGAAAUAAAUGUCGCUUUAUGUCGCAGUAUUUUAU